UUCAGCCAUUUUAGAUCUGGUUCCAGGAAGUUCAACAGCUUCUCAGUCUCCAUCUUGAGAACACGGAAACCAGCAUGAGAUUUUCUCCAUGUCACACCACACAGGUGGACUGAUGAACUAAGCUUUUGGUUAAGUUGGUCUUCAUAGCACAAGUCACACUGGAGACAAUUCACGUUGGUGUUCUACAAAGUUUUACUACAGAUCAGUGAAAGAUUCACACAGGACACAAGCAAUAUCCGUGUUUUAAAUGUUUUUUUUUUUUUAAUCCUCGUCAACAUUGAUCGCGCCUCGGAGGACAACAGGAGUGAAGUCAUUUCAGUGUUCUGGAAGUGAACAACGGCUUUACUACUUUAAUACUCAAGAGACCUCACAGAGAAAAGAAGAUAUAUCUUGUUUUGGAAGGUGACACGUGGUUUACAAUGGCAUCGAAGCGUCUCAGACACCAGAAGGUUUGCACGGGAGAGAAGUCCUUUCAGUGUUCCACAUGUGGCAAAGCUUUUGGAGGGAAGUCGAGCCUUACCAGACACCAGAAAAUCCACACUGGAGAGAAGCCAUUUCAGUGUUCUGAAUGUGACAAAGCUUUUGCACAGAAGUCAAGACUUGCCACACACCAGAGGAUUCACACUGGAGAGAAGUUGUAUCAGUGUUCUGAAUGUGACAAAGCUUUUACACACAGGUACGGCUUGAUUACGCACCGGAGGCUUCACACUGGAGAGCAGCCAUAUCGGUGUCCAGAAUGUAAUAAAACUUUUACAUUAAAGGUGGGCCUUAUCCAACACCAGAGGCUUCACACUGGAGAGAAGCCAUAUAAGUGUCCAGAAUGUAAUAAAGCUUUUACAGUAGAGGUGAGCCUUACCAGACACCAGAAGAUUCACACUGGGGAGAAGCCCUUUGAGUGUUCUGAAUGUGACAAAGCUUUUAUAACAAAGAAAGAGCUUUUCUCACACCAAAUAAUCCACACUGGAGAGAGGCCAUAUCAGUGUUCUGAAUGUGAUAAAGCUUUUACAAUGAAGGGAAACCUCAUCAGACACCAGGUUGUCCAUACUGGAGCGAAGCUAUAUCAAUGCUCUGAAUGUGACAAAGCUUUUACAUUGCGACCAAACCUUAUGAGACACCAGAUGGUCCACACUGGGGCGAAGCCACAUCAAUGUUCUGAAUGUCACAAAGCUUUUAAAUCCAAGGCAGAGCUUAUCCUACACCACAGGGUUCACACUAGACCAGCGUCAUAUCAGUGUUCUGAAUGUGAUAAAAGUUACACAAUUAAAACAAAUCUUAUCGUACAUCAGAGGGUUCACACUGGGGAGAAGCCACAUCAGUGUUCUAUAUGUGAUAAAGCUUUUGCAAUGAAGCCACACCUUAUGAGCCACAAGAAGUUUCACUUUAGAAAGAAAUAGUAUCAGUUCUCUGAAAUUGAUAAAGCUUACUAGUCACCAGAAGGUCCACAGUCUUAAUCUUUAGCUGAAGAGGGGGAACUUUUAGAGUAGUGGGGUAUUAACGAUGUAGCAUCUUAUCCACUGUGAAAGAGUUGGGGGGUGUCUCAACAGUUCCCUCACCAAUGUGAUUCCACAAGCUGAUGAAUGGUGAAAAGAUAUAAUGCUACUUUGAAGAAAAAAAAAACUUGCUACAAUCUGAGAAAACCAUAAUAAAAAGGAUAGAUGCAUCGAGUUUAGUGCUUAUGUCUAUUAGGUUAACACUUGGAAGGCCUGUGAAUGCAUUACAUUUAUGGACAAGCACCAACGACUGUACUGUGUUUUCUUCAUGGUUCUUUUCUUCUUCCUGCUUAUGGAGCUUUGACUGGGCCUGUGUACAAAGUUUGUUUGCAUUGUACUUUAAUUGACAGGUAUUCCCCAAUGGUUUCUUGUUUGUGAUAUCCUAAGUAAAUACAUUCAACCCUGUGAAUUCA